AUGGACCAAAUCACACCCAAAGAGGUGAAGAUUCUUGAGAAUCCAGAGGAUAUCCAGGAGAGACGAGAACAAGUAUUGGGACGUUACUCUAACUUCAAGGCGGAAGCGCGCAACAAGCGAGACAAGCUCGAGGACUCCCGUCGCUUUCAGUACUUUAAGCGAGAUGCGGACGAACUCGAAGGAUGGAUCUAUGAGAAGCUGCAAGCAGCUUCUGACGAGAGUUACAAGGACCCAACCAAUCUGCAAGCGAAGAUUCAAAAGCACCAGGCCUUUGAGGCAGAAGUUGCCGCUCAUUCAAAUGCCAUUGUGCUGCUCGAUAACACUGGCUCCGAGAUGAUAGCACAACAUCAUUUUGCUAGCGAUAUAAUUCGCAAGAGGCUAGAGGAGCUACAUCGCUUGUGGGAGUUACUGCUGUCUCGAUUGGCUGACAAGGGUUUGAAGCUGCAGCAGGCUUUAGUUCUCGUACAGUUUAUUCGUCACUGCGAUGAAGUAAUGUUUUGGAUUCACGAUAAGGAGGCAUUUGUAACAACUGAUGAGUUUGGACACGACUUGGAGCAUGUGGAAGUGCUUCAAAGAAAAUUUGACGAAUUCCAGAAGGAUAUGGCGAGUCAAGAGUACAGAGUGACAGAGGUGAACGAACUAGCGGACAAGUUGUUGUUAGAUGGACAUCCCGAACGUGACACUAUUCUACGCAGGAAGGAAGAGCUCAACGAAUCUUGGCAAAGACUGAAACAACUGGCCACACUGCGACAGGAGAAACUUUUUGGGGCGCACGAGAUUCAGAGAUUUAAUCGUGAUGCCGAUGAGACCAUGGCUUGGAUCGCGGAGAAGGACGUUGUCUUAUCGUCUGACGAUUUUGGACGAGAUCUUGCCAGCGUACAAACAUUACAACGAAAACACGAAGGUAUCGAGCGUGAUUUGGCUGCUCUGGAAGACAAGGUAUACACGCUGGGUGCGGAAGCUGAUCGUCUCGCCGCGAUUCAUGAAGCUGAUCAUUCCAAACAGAUUCAAGCUAAACGGGCUGAGAUUUUACAGUCAUGGGAGAGUCUUACCGCAAAAGCGAAAGAGCGACGCCUCAAACUUGACGAAUCUUACUAUCUACAUCGGUUCUUGGCCGAUUAUCGCGACUUGGUGUCCUGGAUGAAUGAUAUGCGCGCCAUCAUUUCCGCAGACGAACUAGCGAAAGAUGUGGCCGGUGCUGAGGCUUUAGUCGACCGACAUCAAGAACAUAAGGGAGAAAUUGACGCCAGAGCCGAUAGUUUUGAUGCAACCACAUUGGCUGGUAAUAAACUUCUCGAGAAGAAGCAUUAUGCCUCCGAAGAAGUAGCGCGGAAAUUGAACUCUCUUGCUGAUGACAAAUCAUCUCUCUUGAGCCUGUGGGAGAAGAGACGUAUCUUGUACGAGCAAUGCGUAGAUUUACAACUAUUCUAUCGUGACACCGAACAAGCGGAUGCGUGGAUGGCAAAACAGGAAGCGUUUCUGGCCAACGAAGACUUGGGAGAUUCCCUUGACAGUGUAGAGGCACUUAUCAAAAAACACGAAGACUUCGAUAAAUCUCUGGCAGCUCAGGAGGAGAAGAUCAAGGUGCUCGACGACUUUGCUGGAAAAUUAAUCGAAGGCGAACAUUAUGCUGCAGAUGACGUGGCGCAACGACGGCAAUUGUUAUUAGAGAGACGAGCUAUUCUUCUCGAAAAGUCAGCUCAAAGACGCCGUCGCCUAGAGGAUGCGUACAAGCUACAACAAUUUGAGAGAGAUUGCGACGAAACAAAGGGCUGGGUUAACGAGAAACUUAAGUUCGCUACUGAUGACAGUUACUUGGAUCCCACUAAUCUGAACGGUAAAGUCCAGAAGCAUCAGAACUUUGAACAGGAAUUGAACGCAAAUAGGACGCGCAUGGAGGAGAUGGUAGCCACUGGCCAAGAGCUGAUCGAAAGCGAUCACUAUGCUGGCGAUCGCAUACGCACCCGCUCAGACGAAAUUGCGACACUUUGGGAGAGUUUGACACGAGCUACCGAAAAGAAGGGCGCGAAAUUGCAAGAGGCCUCUCAGCAGCAGCAAUUCAACCGAACAGUAGAGGACAUUGAACUGUGGCUCUCGGAAGUGGAGGGACAACUGAUGUCGGAAGACUAUGGCAAAGAUCUAACCAGCGUUCAGAAUUUGCAGAAGAAGCAUGCGCUUCUGGAGGCCGAUGUAGGUUCUCACGCGGACAGAAUCGAUGGUAUCACUCAAGCGGCCGAUCAGUUUGUCAAGUCGGGUCACUUCGACGCUGACAAUAUCAAAGCCAAGCAAGACCAAUUGCAAGCUAGAUACGCCGCCUUGCAGCGUCCUAUGAGCAUGAGGAAGCAGCGACUCCUGGACUCGCUUCAAGUGCAGCAACUAUUCCGAGAUAUCGAGGAUGAGGAGGCGUGGAUUCGUGAGAAAGAGCCAGUUGCGGCAUCCACGAAUCGCGGUCGUGAUCUAAUCGGCGUGCAAAAUCUUCAGAAGAAGCAUCAGGCUGUUUUGGCUGAGAUCAACAAUCAUGAACCGAGAGUGGCCGCAGUUUGUCAAGCGGGCUCGUCGAUGUUACAAGAGGGACAUUUCGCGGCCGAGGAGAUCAAUCAGCGACUUGCGGCUUUGGAUGAACACUGGGGACAAUUGAAGGAUAAAGCUCGCCAACGUAAGAACGACUUGGAUGACUCUUUGCAGGCGCAUCAAUAUUUUGCCGAUGCGAACGAAGCUGAAUCAUGGAUGAAGGAGAAACGUCCUAUAGUGAUGAAUGGCGAUUACGGCAAGGAUGAGGAUAGUUCUGAGGCUCUUUUGAAGAAACAUGAGGCCUUGGUCAGCGAUCUGGAAGCAUUUGCGAGUACCAUUGCGGCACUGAGAGAUCAAGCUGCAGCGUGCAGACAGCAAGAGACACCUACGAUCGAUAUCACUGGCAAGGAAUGUGUCGUCGCCCUUUAUGACUAUACUGAAAAAUCGCCUAGAGAAGUAUCCAUGAAGAAGGGCGACACUUUGACUCUGCUCAACUCCAACAACAAGGACUGGUGGAAGGUUGAAGUAAACGAUCGUCAAGGUUUCGUACCGGCAGCGUACGUGAAGCGCGUGGAACCCGAGGCGAGUCUCAGCGCGUCCCAACAGAAUUUGGCUAGAGAGCAGAGCUCGAUCGCCGCACGGCAGGCGCAGAUCCAGGCGCAAUACGAUGAUCUCUUGCGUUUAGCGCGCGAGCGUCAAAACAAGCUUAAUGAAACAGCCAAAGCUUACGUGCUGGUGAGAGAAGCCGCUGAAUUGGCCACUUGGAUCAAGGACAAGGAAAAUCACGCCCAGGUACAGGACGUGGGUGAGGAUUUGGAACAAGUGGAGGUUAUGCAAAAGAAAUUCGACGAUUUUCAAGCUGAUCUUAAGGCGAACGAAGUGCGUUUAGCCGAGAUGAAUGAAAUCGCCGUGCAACUGAUGAGUCUCGGACAAACUGAAGCGGCAUUGAAAAUUCAGACACAGAUUCAGGAUCUGAAUGAGAAGUGGACCAGCCUGCAAACACUCACGGCUGAACGAGCCAAUCAGCUUGGUUCUGCUCACGAGGUGCAACGAUUUCAUCGUGACGUUGACGAGACGAAGGAUUGGAUUCGCGAAAAGGACGCGGCGCUGAACAAUGAUGAUCUAGGCAAGGAUCUGCGUAGCGUUCAGGCUUUGCAGCGCAAACACGAAGGUCUAGAGAGGGAUCUGGCAGCUUUGGGAGACAAAAUCAAGCAACUUGACGAGACGGCUAAUCGUCUGAUGCAAUCGCAUCCGGAGACCGCUGAGCAAACAUAUGCUAAACAGAAGGAGAUCAAUGAAGAAUGGACCCAACUGACGGCUAAAGCUAACAGUAGAAAGGAAAAGCUUUUGGAUUCGUAUGAUUUGCAACGCUUCCUCAGUGAUUAUCGCGACUUGAUGGCCUGGAUCAAUUCGAUGAUGGGCUUAGUUGCUUCCGAAGAACUUGCAUCGGAUGUCACGGGCGCUGAAGCAUUGCUCGAACGUCAUCAGGAACACCGGAUGGAGAUAGAUGCUAGAGCGGGUACUUUUCAAGCGUUUGAAUUAUUCGGCCAACAACUAUUGCAGUCUAGCCAUUAUGCCAGUGUUGAGAUAUUGGAGAAAAUCGAAUCUAUGAUUGAAGCCCGACAAGAACUAGAAAAGGCUUGGGUCCAACGACGCAUGCAACUCGAUCAAAAUCUUGAACUGCAAUUGUUCUGCAGGGAUUGCGAGCAGGCAGAGAAUUGGAUGAGCGCGCGGGAGGCUUUCCUCAGCAGUGCAGACGCGGUGGAUAGCAGUGACAACGUUGAGGCUCUCAUCAAGAAACAUGAAGAUUUUGAUAAAGCAAUCAACGCUCACGAAGAGAAGAUCGCUACCUUACAAACUCUGGCUGAUCAAUUGAUCGCUGCUGAGCAUUAUGCCGCUAAACCUAUCGAUGAAAGACGAUGCCAAGUAUUAGAUCGCUGGCGACACUUGAAGGACGCUCUUAUUGAGAAGCGCUCAAAGCUAGGCGAAUCGCAAACUUUGCAGCAGUUCUCUCGAGAUGCUGACGAGAUGGAAAAUUGGAUUGCCGAGAAGCUUCAAUUAGCAACCGAAGAGAAUUACAAAGAUCCCGCCAACAUUCAAUCGAAACAUCAGAAACAUCAAGCUUUUGAAGCUGAACUGGCGGCCAAUGCAGAUCGAAUUCAAUCGGUACUUGCUAUGGGAGGUAAUUUAAUCGAAAAGCAUCAGUGUGCCGGUUCGGAAGAUGCAGUUCAAAAAAGACUGGCGUCCAUUGCUGAUCAAUGGGAAUAUCUUACUCAAAAGACCACAGAGAAGUCCAUGAAACUGAAGGAAGCCAAUAAGCAGCGUACUUAUAUUGCUGCUGUCAAGGAUCUUGAUUUCUGGCUAGGAGAAGUUGAGAGUUUGCUUACAUCUGAAGAUGCUGGUAAGGAUUUGGCCUCGGUGCAAAAUCUUAUGAAGAAGCAUCAACUUGUCGAGGCGGAUAUACAAGCGCAUGAAGAGAGAAUCAAGGAUAUGAAUGCGCAGGCUGAUUCGUUGAUCGAGAGCGGCCAGUUCGAUGCCGCCGGCAUUCAGGAGAAACGUCAAAGCAUAAAUGAACGUUAUGAGCGAAUUAGGAAUUUAGCAGCGCAUAGACAAGCGAGACUGAAUGAGGCCAAUACUUUGCAUCAGUUCUUCCGCGAUAUUGCUGAUGAAGAAUCUUGGAUCAAGGAAAAAAAGCUUCUCGUUGGAUCGGAUGAUUACGGCCGCGACCUUACAGGUGUGCAGAACUUAAAGAAGAAGCACAAGAGAUUGGAAGCCGAACUUGGUAGUCACGAACCUGCUAUCCAAGCUGUCCAAGAAGCAGGAGAGAAAUUGAUGGAUGUUUCCAAUUUGGGAGUACCCGAAAUUGAGCAGCGUCUAAAACUUCUUAAUCAAGCGUGGGCUGAAUUGAAGCAAUUAGCUGCCACUAGAGGACAGAAAUUGGACGAGUCCUUGACGUAUCAGCAGUUCCUCGCCAAAGUCGAAGAAGAAGAAGCCUGGAUUACAGAGAAGCAGCAAUUACUCUCUGUCGAAGAUUAUGGCGAUACAAUGGCCGCUGUCCAAGGUCUUUUGAAGAAACACGAUGCGUUCGAAACUGAUUUUGCAGCUCACGGUGAACGUUGCAAGGACAUUUGCGAAGCCGGCGAGACGCUGAUUAAAGCUGGCAAUCAUCGAGCGGAUGCUAUCAGUCAAAGAUGCGCGCAAUUGCGCAACAAAUUGGAACAACUCGGAGCUCUCGCGGCUCGCAGGAAGAUACGCUUGAACGAUAAUUCGGCGUACUUGCAGUUCAUGUGGAAGGCCGAUGUAGUCGAAUCAUGGAUCGCUGAUAAGGAGACUCAUGUGCGUUCAGAGGAAUUUGGUCGAGAUUUAUCUACUGUGCAGACUCUACUUACGAAACAGGAGACCUUCGAUGCUGGUCUUCAUGCCUUUGAGCAUGAAGGUAUUCAGAACAUUACUUCAUUGAAAGAACAGCUCGUUGAUUCCGGCCAUGAUCAAACACCCAGCAUUCAGAAACGUCAUGCCGAUGUUAUCGCUCGUUGGCAGAAACUCCUGGCCGAUUCCGAUUCAAGGAAACAGCGUCUAUUGAGAAUGCAAGAUCAAUUCAGGCAGAUUGAAGAGCUCUAUCUGACAUUUGCAAAGAAAGCAUCCGCUUUUAAUUCUUGGUUUGAGAAUGCCGAGGAAGAUCUGACGGAUCCUGUGCGUUGUAAUAGUAUCGAGGAGAUUCGUGCUCUUCGUGAGGCACACGCACAGUUCCAAGCUAGCUUAUCCUCGGCUGAAGCUGACUUCCAAGCCCUGGCUGCUCUUGACAGACAAAUCAAGAGCUUCAACGUUGGACCGAAUCCAUACACAUGGUUCACGAUGGAAGCCUUGGAAGAUACUUGGCGUAACUUACAGAAAAUAAUUAAAGAGCGCGAUGUUGAACUUGCGAAAGAAGCACAGCGGCAGGAGGAGAAUGAUAAAUUGCGUAAGGAAUUCGCCAAGCAUGCCAAUGCCUUCCAUCAGUGGCUCGCAGAAACAAGAACAUCUAUGAUGGAAGGAUCUGGAUCUUUGGAACAGCAACUGGAAGCUACUAAGCGAAAAACUCAAGAAGUGCGUGCACGUCGUCAAGACUUGAAGAAGAUCGAAGAUCUUGGAGCUAUUCUAGAAGAACAUCUAAUUCUAGACAACCGUUAUACAGAACACAGUACCGUUGGAUUGGCACAGCAGUGGGAUCAAUUGGAUCAGUUAGGAAUGCGCAUGCAACAUAAUUUAGAACAGCAGAUUCAAGCGCGAAACCAGUCUGGUGUAUCUGAAGAUGCGCUCAAAGAAUUCUCCAUGAUGUUCAAGCACUUCGACAAGGAUAAGAGCGGUCGUCUGAAUCACCAAGAAUUUAAAUCGUGUCUGAGAGCUUUGGGCUACGACCUUCCUAUGAUGGAAGAAGGACAACCCGAUCCAGAAUUCGAGAACAUAUUAGACAUCGUAGAUCCUAAUAGGGACGGCUACGUAUCGCUGCAAGAAUAUAUGGCGUUUAUGAUCAGCAAAGAAACGGAGAACGUGCAGAGUUCGGAGGAAAUAGAGAACGCUUUCCGAGCAAUCACCGCAGCAGAUCGGCCAUAUGUCACAAAGGAGGAAUUAUAUGCUAAUCUUACGAAGGAAAUGGCCGAUUAUUGCGUUGCUCGCAUGAAACCUUAUGUAGAUCCCAAAUCAGAACGGCCGAUAACAGCUGCAUUGGAUUAUAUAGAAUUUACGCGCACUCUUUUCCAGAAUUAAUUAUGCAUUCGUAUUUACGUAUAUUAUUUUCUCAAGCUUAUUAAAUUAUAAUUGCGUAAAGAGUGCAAGGCUGCUAUAUUUAUCUUUAAAAAAUGCUUGAUUUAUCUCUAAUAUUUCUAUUAAUAAUGAUUAUUUGGAGUGCUUAUAGAAAUUGAGAUUUUAUCUAAACUAACUGCCUGAUAAAGAACAUAUGUAAAGAAUAUAUUUCUAUGUUAGACACAUGUUUUCCCUAACAUAUAUAUUCUUUACCUACAUGUCUUUUAAUACUGCAUUAUUUAAUCUUCAAAUAUUAAUCUUUAAAAUAUUAAAUUUCAUAUCAGCUAGUUUGAUUUGAAAUGCUGUCUUGUUGUUCUUCGAGAUGCAUUUAAUAUAUAUUAUAUAUAUCUGAAUUUUAUUCAAUAAAUCUAUAAAACAUGA